CUCUCACUUUUCCACUCCCCACUCUCUCCUCCACUCCCACACACUCUCCUCCUACCUCUCCCCACGAAAUUGCUGCUCCUCCUAGCUUCAUGGCCGGCCAUGGCCAUGGAAAGCUCACCAAGAUGCAGCUCCUUCCUCCCUCAAGCUCAUCCUCACCAUGAGAGCCUCCCCCUCCAUCUUCUCCACAACCUUAGAUGGUUUAAUCUCCUCUUCUUCUCCCUCCAUUGCUAAGAUUGGAUCUUGAUGCAGGUGCAUGUUGGUCCAAGCAUGGAGAAGGUUGAGCUAUCCUCAGAUCUGAAGUUCUUGAGCAAAAUCCAAAUCGAGUGGUUCAAAGUUCUGCAGAUAGAUCAAGAUCUAGUCAGAUCUGACUUUGUCGAAUUAAAUCAGGAGCUUGGAAACGAAUUUUUGAAUGAAACAAACUGGGGGAUACUUAGUUGUGCCAUGGUGAUACCUAGAGAGGCAAUUGCUAAGUCGUGGCACUCUCAUACCUUUACUAGAUGCGAACAAUUUCGGAGGAGAAGAAGAAGAAGUGGAAUCGGACAAGGAUUUUAUUUGUACUGUGGGAAUUCUUAUUUGAUGGAGUUGAAGAAGUCCAGGGACAAAUAAGCCAAGACUUGGAGGAACACGAUGGAUGAAGAAGGAGUUGACGACGUCUAUGCGAGCUAGGAACGUCUUCCCAGUCAGUUGCCUGUAGGGUUUAAGGCGAAUGACUUGGGCUCCGCGCUGUUGAAGUGAUGAUGCUACUCUGAUGUUUAGUUAGGCCCUUCGAGGCUAUUAUGUAAGUAAUGGUCAUGUGACAUUAUUGUAAUUUUCUUAUUCCGCUUUGUAAUGGAUGGUGUAAUUUGAUAUCAGUUCGGUUAUGUGUUCACGGCGCACUGAUCAUGGGAUCGUGAACUAUAUACAUAACAGGGUAUUUCGGACAGUUAGUCCGGGGUCCCCACAGAGCUGGUAUCAGAGCCAUCCUGACUGUAGGAGACCUUAGUUAGCAUGGACGUUAGUUAGGAAACAAGUACUUGGACAAAACUAUUUACAAAACAAAUUGUUUCUUUAGUCGGAAGUAUAGCUUCUACUCCUCUUAUUUA